AUGAAUCCAACACAAUCACAUAUGCAAAAGAUUACUGAGCCAACUAUUUCGUAUGGUGCACAACUUGAUAAUGCCCUCAACAUUUCAUCAAAUGUAAAUAUUGUACAAGGUAUUCCGGUUGUUCUUGAUAAUAUGUCUCAAAUAUCAACUAUAAAUGUAAAUCGACCGUUACAAGAAACAUACCCUAAUCUCAGCAUGGAUCCAAGUCUACAACAUGCAACCUACUCAACUCAAAACCCUAUUCUAAGUAAAUAUUCGUUCUUUUAUGCACCAUUCAAUGACUUUCAAAUGUAUUAUAUCAUCUGUGAAGAAAUACCGCUAACUUUUGAAAAUGUAUCACAAUUAAUAAUCAGUGGUGAUCAUAACAACUCCAUCCAUAAUUAUAAUAAGUCUAACAGUAUUUUUAUGUUUUAUCAUGAACAACCUGAAAUUAAGAAAAUUUAUCAAGUAACAUGUGAGAUGGUUUCACAUACAUUCAUAUUUCAGUUCCUAAACAAGGCUUUUUUUGGUAUUCAAUACGUUCAGAACGAAUAUCAACAACAAGAAUUUUCCAAGAGACAUCAGGAAAAUAUUAAGUUUCAUUUGAAAAAAGACUUGAUUCAUUAUUUGAAUCCAAAACAGACGAAUGAACAGAAUUUUGAUUUAUUUAAGGGAUUUAUUCAAGACUAUCAUUGUAUUUUUGAAAGUACAAAUAGUGAUAUUGAUAUAUUUAAUCAUUCUCAACAGCAUGGCGCAAAUGUUCUUCCUAUUAACUCUCAACAAGAUUAUGAUUAUUAUAAUCUAGGUUAUUAUGAUAAUAAUUUAUAUCAAUCUUAG